AUGCUGGCGCCUUGGGCGCCCGCUCUCGCGUUGGUUCUUGCUGCCGCUCAGCGGGUCGUUCCGUCCUGGCGCCAAGUACCGGGCGACGUCGACUGGUUCGAUGGCUGCGGCUACGGCAACGAGAUCAUUCGAGGGAGCAUCUCUGCGGGACUCGAACACAACAAGGUGCGAAAGCAUGUCGCAAUGUGCUUGUCCCACUGCGGACCUCCUUCCUGUACGCUGAAAGCAGCGGAGACGGACUGCGACUGCUUGAAGUGCACGAUGUUCUGUCUUUCAAGAGGCUCCUAUGUGGAUUCUUGCUUGAACAACCAUACCUACGAUCUCUGCUCGAGCUUUGCGGCCAGCAUCGAACAAGCGAACAGUUCGAGCUCUGCGAGCUCUGGGAGCUGCGAGGUGAACUGCAACGGCGCCGUGAGGAGGGCGGGCUCCAGCUUAGGUUUACCAUGGGUAGAGAAGUAUCGGCCGGAGCGUAUCGAGGAGGAGGAAGUGGUCUCUGCAUUGAAGCACAGCCUUCAAACAGGUGAGUUGCCGAACCUCAUGUUCUAUGGGCCUCCCGGAACAGGCAAAACGACGGUGGCCCUGGCGUUGAUGAAGCAGUUCUUCGGCAAGGACUGGCGAUUCCGCAUCAAGGAGCUGAAUGCCUCAGACGAGCGCGGGAUCUCUGCCGUCCGAGAAAAGGUGAAGACCUUUGCGCAGUUGGCCAUCGGUGUUCCUGGCCGCACCUCAGAAAAAAGCACCAUCAAUGGCAGGGGGGACAGGAAGAUUAGUCAAAAAGGAAAGGGAGACAAGAAAUGCGACAAGCAAGAGAGGGGUGCCCCCCCAAGAAAACCCUAA